AUGACGUACCGAGCCAAUAGUAAAGAGGCACUCAACGACGUCAUCAACGUUACCAAAAUUGGCGGGAAAAGGAAAGUUCUGGAUGAACCUAAUAACGUUUCCAAAAGUGGUGGGAGAAAGAAGUCUGUUGGUAAAGAAGACGAAGAGUCCGCCAGAAAGUGCCAGCCGAAAUCCAACGUUGUGUUUCUGAAGACCCACAAAACGGCAAGUUCCACAGUGCAGAACAUACUCAUGCGCUACGGUCUGGCAAGGAAUCUCACAUUCGUUCUGCCGUAUUCUAGCCAUAUUCUGAGCACUAAUAUCCGCUUUUCAAAGUCAGCUGUCCUCCAGGAGCGUCUCCAUGGUGAUCGUCAUGGCAACCGCACCGCCUACAACAUCUUGUGUCACCACACGCGGUUCCAGUACGACAACAUCCGGGACCUCAUGCCAGACGACACUUUGUACGUUACCAUAGUGAGGAACCCGGCCGCCAUGUUUGAGUCGUCCUUCCAGUAUUUCAGGUUCGAUUCGCGGUACCACAUAACCCAGCCGAACGCCAUGGAAACAUUUCUCGACAAUCCUUCUCACUACGUGAAAAAAUUCGGGGAGAAGCCUCAUUCCCACAAUGCCCUGUUCUACGACCUUGGGUACGACAGCGAGGCUCUGACCUCAGAGCAGACGAUAAAAUCCGCCAUUGACCGACUUGACCGGAUAUUUUCGGUUGUCAUGGUUUCAGAUUAUUUUGAAGAAUCUGUCGUGUUACUGAAACACGCGUUAUGCUGGGACAUCGAUGACGUCACGUUUUUCAAGGUCAACUCCAGGAACGAGCAGUCGGUACGUCACGUGACCACGAAAAUGGCGGGAAAGAUACGUCACUGGAACAGGGCCGACGGCAUGUUGUUCGAUCACUAUAACAUGACCUUGUGGUCCAAACUUCCCCGCCUUCCUGUUUCUUGGCAAAACGAAGUUGAACAGCUCAAAGAAAGGAAUUUGCAGCUAAAAAAUGCGUGCUUGGAAUCUGAUAGUGCGACAGCGGAAAAAUUGGAGACAAAUUUUAAAGUUUUUCAGCCGAAGGGAAUUUCUAUUAACGGUUUUGUUCUGAAGGACGGUGCCAAGGACAACGCGACAUGUCGUCAGAUGGCAACUCCGGAGGUUCCGUUCACGAAAGAGCUGCAGAGAAGGGAACGCAGCAAACUUCUCCAAUCUCAUGGUUAG